AUGUCUGGAUCACAAGAAAGCCAAGCUUCUAGCCGACCGUCAACGUCUGAUCCGCCCCAGCAAGACGCGAUAGCCCUCUUCGACCUCCAUCUCAAGUUCCUGUCCGAGUCAUACCUCAGCUUCUUUCUGGAACGACGGAGGGUCGAGGAGCAUUAUGUGGAGGCGUUGCUUCGGCUACACCGAAAGGUCAAGGCGGCGGAUACAGUUCUAGACGACCCAGGGCGUGGAGACUCCAGCACGACAAGGGCUGCAUGGAACGAGAUCAGGGACAAUGUGGCGAGAGAGGCCGAUACGCGCGUGGCGUUCCUUGGUGCAUUGACGGCCGACGUUAUCAACCCUCUCAUGACACUUAGGGAAACCCAAGACCGCAUCCGGAAGCGUAUCAAGGAGGAUCUCAAGGACGCUGUGACAGCACAUACCGAUUAUUCAGAGAACGUGCUUCCCCGUCUCAAACGGAACUACCUCAGGAAAUGCCAAGAGGCAGAGCUCAAUACCCAAUCUCCUCUUUCACCUACAGAGGGUCACUUUGCUGUACCCCCGCACUCUGCGGGUGUUAAGCCAAACCCCGGCCUCUCGGCGCGCCCCGCGAUAAUCACCGCCCCACAGCCGCUGCGUCCCCUCGACCGAAGGCCGUCAGUCGGCGGAACGUCUAACCAUGUCCGCUCUCCAUCCACGAGUACAUCAUCAGCAUUGCAGGACCUGGCUCACCAAGGAAAGAAGCAGCUCAACCAGUUGAUGACUUUCCUGGACAAGGGAGGAAACAUGAAGGACCUUGCGGGACGGUCGGACAAUGCGUUGAAGAGCGUGAGAGCGAAGCGGGAUGCAGAUGAAGCAGACCGGGAAUAUCGGAAAGGCGUGCACUGGCAAGAGACACUCCGUCUCCGGAGAGUCAAGAUACUUGAGUCGGGGUACAAUAGCUUGGAAACCUUCGUCCACGAGAAUGCGGAGACAGUGAAGUCUGUGCUUCAGAGGUAUACCGACAACAUGGUUGCCACUUGCGCAACGCAGUCCCAAAUCUGCGAACACGGCCGACGCUCGGUCCAACGUAUAUCUUCCGCACGCGACAGCGCCAUCGUCGGAUACAACAUCCCGCGCCUGCUCGCCGCGGCUAUUCCCAAGCCCGUGUAUUACUACAACUAUAACGUCGGAGAGUGUAAGGACUUGAUCUUCGGCGUGAGCCUCGUGGACUACGCCACGGCGAGGAAUCUGCAGGGCGCCGAGGGUGAACAGGGAGUGCCGAAGAUCGUGCGGAUCUGUGUUAAGGAAAUUGAUAAGAGGGGCUUAGAGUGCGAGGGGAUCUAUCGAGUGUCUGGCAAACAUGCGAGCGUGCGGGAGCUCCAACACAAGGUCGAGCGGAACGAAUCGGCCUUCCAGUUCAAUCCCGCUAUUGACGAUGUAUAUGCUGUAGCAUCUCUUCUGAAGAUGUACCUUCGUGAGCUUCCUGAGCCUCUGUUCAGAUUUCCACUGCACGAACGGCUAGCUCAUAGCGAGGAACUCGAGGAGCACCGAGGGAAUGACUUCCAAGUCAUCCGGGGCAAGAUUCGCAGAUUGCCCAUGGUGCAUCAGCAAACACUGAAGGUCCUUGUCGAGCACCUCGCACGUGUAGUCGCACAUGCAGAGAGGACCAAGAUGGAUGCUAAGAACCUCGCGAUUGUCUUCGGCACGGUCAUUUUCGGCGAGGAUGAGAUGCCAAAGUCUGGUGGCGACCUGCUCGCCGUGCACUCUUGGAAGGAUACGCUGUGCGAAGACCUCAUCAGUAAUGCGCAUAUCCUGUUUCAGCCUACGGGUUCGCCUCAGCUUCUGUCCAUUGCCCCGGCCUCUUCACCCCUCCCAUCCCCUGGCUCACCAACUUCUGGAUCUCCACGGGUCAGAGCAUCAUCCCAAGCAUCCAUUCUGGGCCCAAUGGGACCGCCCGUGCUUCCAUCCGGCUCAUUAUCACGUAGCCCGCGACUCGGACGUUCUCCGUCUCUCCCUCCACAACGCUCGCCUCCGUACUCCCCAGCGCUUGUCAGUGCGCGGGGGCCUCCGCCAGAAGACUUCCGGCCGCAAUUACCGCCGCGACCGACAGGCAGCAUCCACCCAUCACAGCGGUCUGCA